AUGAAGACCAUAUCAGAGCCCCUCACAGAUGGAGAGAGGCCCGCAGCUGUCUCCUACCACAAUGAGACACUAAUAACGACUGACUUUGACGCCCUGAGACCUGACUCUGGGAACGAGAAGGAUUUCCAGGUUGAAAACAACCCAUAUGCAUUUUCGCCCGGACAACUGAACAAGAUGCUGAAUCCUAAAAGCCUGGCCGCCUUCCAUGCUGUGGGAAGACUCCGCAGUCUAGAGAAAGGGCUGCGAAGUGGUCUCGUCACCGGGCUGAGUGCAGACGAAAACUACCAGGAAGGAUCCGUAUCAUUCCCAGACGCACUAUCGAAGGCGUCAGGUGCAGUCCAACCGAACCAUAAUCAAUCACCACUCGCAACCGAUUCGUGCAAUAACCGGGAGCGAGUCUUGUUUGAGAACCGUUCACUGCAGAGGAAGAUACGGUCUCCUUUGCUAGACCUGUGGAGAGCAUACAAUGAGAAGAUUUUAAUUUCGCUUUCAGUGGCAGCUCUGGUAUCCCUCGCAGUCGGGAUCUAUGAGACAACCAAUGCUAUCUCAUUGGACGAUCAAGAUGCUCGAAUAACCCGGGUCAAAGGUCUCACUAUCGCGUCCACCAUCUCCAUUUUCCUAUUAGUGUGUACUUGGAACAGUUACGGAAAGAAUUACAUGGCUCUCCGGAAUGAAAGCAACCCAGAACGUAAAACAUGGAUGGAUUUCCUCUACAUCUUGGUUGUUGCAGUCAUGAUGGCAGUGGUAUCAAGGUCUGGAUCCCUUCUACUAGGCUUGGGAAUACUUGCAGCAACUGCAACAACAGGAAUGUUUACAGGGAACAUGCUAAUGGCUGCAACUACUGACAUGUUUAAAAAGAACAUGCUAAUGGCUGCAACUACUGACAUGUUUAAAAAGAACAUGGUUCUAAAAUCUGCAACAACAUGGAUCCUAAGAGCAAACCAUCGGACUCGACUCCUGAAGACUCCCAGCCAUGUGGGAACACGGGCGCCUAAGAAACGCUUCGGAAAGUCGGACCAGGAGUCCGGCGCCCCUUCUCGUUAUCAUUCAACAGCAGGUGCACCCAGGUCUGGCAGCCCUUCUCUGAGUCUAUUCCUAAGCAACCUCAUCAGUUUCACAAGCGUUUCUCUCCUUGCCCCCAUUACCACUGCUAUGGAACCCGUGAGCAACCCAACAUUGACAUCCACUCUGGAAGGCCCUUCCACCAACACCUUAACGGCAGUUUUGAGCUCCUCUACAGAAAUAGAACAACCACAAGGUCUGAAUCUGAAAGAAAUGGGCUGGACUAUGGCCGUGGAGAUGAUAAUGUUCUUGGCCAAUCUUGUCCUUGCUGCGUUGGUGAUCACCAUAUGUUAUCUGGUGUAUCUCCGGUUUUGUGCCCCAACCCUCAGGAAUGCCAAGAAAUUCGACAAAUCCCGGAAGGUUGGGCUUGUCUUUAUGCUAUGCUUGUUCGCUGCAUACUACAACAUUUGUCAGGAUCCUCGCUCCUCUUGGGGAUUGCUACUCGGUGUUUUCGUCUCUUCGGCUGGACUGACCUAUGUUUGGGUGUCACGCAUUGCAAACAGGUUCAACUUCGGCCUGAUAUUCGCAGUAGUGGUACUGUCAGUCGGCUUCUGCACCACGUUCGGUGUCAUACAACUCUUGCCUAUAGCUCCGGGAGGUCCAGCCUCUGAGCCUGCAAAUGACACAAAGCCAAAGCCCGGAUUGACAUGGGAUGUUGCGUCAUUCCCGUGUGUUGCAUUUGUAUCUGUCAUGUUCGAAGUUUUGUUACUUUGCAUUCGCAGGAUCGUGGAUGCGAAGGAUGAGUUAGACAUGGAGAGUCAAGCAAUCUCACAAGCGGAAUUGGACCCAUUCUCUGAGAUUGAUACGGGGACAUCCUCCCGUUCAAAGCAACAACAAACAUUUCGUCUGUUCAGGCGUUCCCGAACCAGCAACAAUCAACCAAGCAGCGAAAAUCUGGAUUCGCAGGACCCGAAUUCAUCUAGCAACCAUGUUUAUGAGGACUCUGAUCAUCUUACAUGGCUCCAACCGGCAUUACUGGGACAGACUGGCCAUUUCUCAUACCAUGGCGAGAUUGAACGUCAGGUCUGGGCAGAUCGUCCAAGUUAA